GGUAUGGAAACUCUUGCGCAGAAGCACGGGUUGAGUAAAAACAAGAGGGCGAAGAUGGCCAUGGACAGCCACGAUGUGCUCGAAUUUUUGCAGGUCAAUCUCACGUCGACUGGCCUCGCCUACAAGCUUGGGCGACAUCGCCUGCAGCUAGGCUUGUUCACCCUGUCUGGAUUCAUCACCGCCAACAGGCCCAAAGCGACUCUGGAGCUGCGCUAUCGGCACCUCAGGGUGACGCUGUUGCGCGAUCCUCGCGACGGGCCCCAUCGGAUCCUUCUCGAGUUCACCUAUGAGUUCACAAAGACGUACUUGGGCAUGAAGGAAGCGUAAGUGCAGCAGAUGUCGCCCUCCCUCCCGGGGUUCCCCCAUCCCAUCCCCUUCCUCUCUCCAGCCGAGUCGGGCUAAUACUUGGGACCUACUCCUGACGCUCGCGCAGGAAUACAUUUCCGAUUCCCGAGAUCCUCUUCGACCCCUCGUUGGUGAUGAGCCCCCACGUCAUUCUCUUGGGGAUGAUGUUUGCCGAUGGCGCGUUUGACGUGCCCGGGCUGAAGAUGGCUGCGCAACUGAGCCAGCUGGAUAUUCCGCCGGGCUGCAAUUCCCUCCCACUCCCGCUCAAGCUAGAGCUGGCAGACGUCCAUGUCCUUCGGCGGUCGAUGAGGACGGCGACCGGCUAUGCCAUCUCGCCCGAUGCUGGUCUGCUCUAUUCGACCGUCAAGCCGUGGAUGACGCGUGCUGGCGAGGUCGCGGGAUUCGCCGGCGUCGUGCGACCUUAUAAUCUCCGCUACGGAUCGGGCCGGGCAUUCG